AUGCGUGCCGUCGUUGCCGUCUGCCUUAUCCUGGUAAUCUAUUGCCUGAUCUUACCAAAUGAAGCCAACUAUCGGAAACCACCUUUCAAUGGAUCCAUUUUUGGAAAGCGGGGAAAUAUAGAAUACGACACAUCUGAAAAAGCUAUGUCAGCACUGUGUGAGAUUGCGUCAGAGACCUGCGAAAGCUGGUUCCAGAACUUAGAGAAUAAAAAAUAA